CUCGCUUGAUAUAAACCUUUUUUAUCUGUUUCCCUUCUUUUUUUUUUCUCAGGUGCAAAUUAUCUUAACGAUAUGGAUGUCAAUGUUGAUUCACAAUUACUUGCUUCAGCACCUGCACCCAUAAAAGAACAACAACAACAAUCUACGAAUGACAAUGCAGUUGCCAUGCUUCUAGCAAGGCUUGAUGAAGGCACACAGACAGUUAUGAAUUUACGGUCUAUUUUGACCCUAAAGACUGCCGAAUUGAACGAAUUACUAGCCCAGCUUGAACUUACAAACCAAGCCAUUGCUACUGUUGAAUCAACUACUGCCCAGAUAGAAGCCAUGCUGAAAGACCUUGGCUUAUCUAAUUCUGCAAAGGAAAGUUUAUUGAUGAAUGCUGAAGCAUGUCUUGAUUCAGCCAUCAAGUCUGCAACAAGUAUUUACAACAACAAUAACGUAAAUAGUAAAGUAUCUUUUAUUCGUCGACCUUCGACCACAAGCACGAGUAGUAACGGAGUGGACACUGUCAGUUCAACAGAGAAGCGAGCUAGUAAUGCUAGAUUAUCCACGACCAGAAUCAGAUACAAGCCUGAUACGAAGCAUAUCUUGAGGAAAUUAGAUAAUCUAUUGAGGGAAUUGGAACUGGAUUCCGGAAAGUUCUUUUCUACCAUUGGUACAACAGAUGACUAUGAGGUACUCCAAAAAGCUUACGUUGAUCUUGAUAUCGCCAAAACGAUUUCCUUAUCUGCUAAAAGCAACAUGAAGAGAAGAAAUAUAUUGAUGAGAAGCGCAAGGAGAAGAAAUAACUUGGAUGAAAUUAAAACUCUAGGAGAAAAGAUCAGAGAAGGUGUAACACUUUGGAAGACUUAUACAAGGAAUGCACCACUUCUGAUAAACGGCGAAAAUAUCAUCGCCAUCUUGGAUAGAGAAGAUAGUUCAUUAGCGAAAAAUUCAGCAACUCCUACUGCACGCCUGUCUUUAUAUGAUGAUCGAUCCAGUAAUUCAAACAUAACGCCAUCGAGCUCCGGGCAGACGAAGACAGCCAGCAUGAGAUAUAGUCUAUCUAACGAAAGUACGGCAUCUUCAAAGACAUCAAGACAUAACAGAACACCUUCGAUUGCUACUAAAUUUAAUGAGACUGCCAAAGAAAGUUCAAUCCCGUCUCCUGUGCUCCCACCAACUCCUACUGCAGCCUCCAAUAAAAAACCAUACCGCCAGUCAGCGGGUCCUCGGCUGACACCCGUUAAGGCAAAUAUUGGUCUACCACGUGUUAGGACAACAUCUGUAACUCAGCAUUCGACCAAGCCAGUUACCUCACCUAUAUCACCUGGUAAGAACGUAUCUACCACUAUCGCAUCUCACGUGGCAGUGACAAAUGCAACAGCUGUCGUCACCAAUACAUCUUCUACCACUUCCCAGCAGAAAAAGAUUACUACUCCAUCAACAUCAACAGCAACAGGAACAUCAGAUUCUUCUGCUAUACCCGACGCUGGAAAGAAAUCACUACUAAAACCUCCUUCACAACGUGGACCUGGUUCCACAUUAAGAUUAAGAAGUAUGCUCGCUAAGCGUUCAUCUGCAUUAAAACCUCCAACUGCAGUAAGUAAUUCAAGUACAUGAUAACCCCAAGAUAUAUAUAUACGCAUUUAUAUACUCCUUUUAAGAUUCCUUGAAGGGUGAUCCAGUCUUUAAAUGGACUACCCUUUUUUUUUUACUAUGUGCUUAAUAGCGGAAAGAUAUUUCCUGUUUUAUUUAUAUAUGAAGCUAAUUAUUUUAUGGAACUAAACUAUAAACAUACAUACACAUUUAUACACUUUUGAUAAUAAACGAAAUAUUUACAUUGAAAGAAACACAGGCAUUUGGAAUGUCAAAGAUGACC